CCUGAGCGCUUUGUUGUUUACCAGGCGGGGCUAACUGUAUGUGACUUGAAUGUUUUCCGUUGUGUGUAAAGGAUUGCGAGGAGUGCGGGCGGCCGGAAGAGCGCGAUGAGUUUGGCUGCAAGGACUGAAUUGGCUGUUGACAAAUUAAAAAAGAAGAAACGAAAAGAGUUGACCGAGGAACAGAAACAAGAAAUCAAAGAUGCUUUUGAGUUAUUUGAUACAGACAAAGAUAAAGCCAUAGAUUAUCAUGAACUUAAGGUAGCAAUGAGAGCCCUGGGAUUUGAUGUUAAAAAAGCCGACGUCUUAAAGAUACUAAAAGAUUAUGAUGGUGACACAACAGGCAAAAUUUCAUUUGACGAUUUUAAUGAAGUUGUUACUGACUUAAUACUAGACCGUGAUCCACAAGAAGAGAUGCUGAAGGCCUUUAAAUUAUUUGAUGAUGAUGAUUCAGGAAAGAUAAGUUUGAGGAAUCUACGCCGAGUUGCACGAGAGCUUGGAGAAAACAUGACUGACGAAGAACUUCGGGCCAUGAUUGAAGAAUUCGAUAAAGAUGGUGAUGGUGAAAUAAAUCAAGAAGAGUUUAUUUCCAUAAUGACCGGAGACGUUUAGCAGUUUACAAGCUGGAUGUGACCAAGGUUUUUGCAUGUUGAAAUUCACCAACAGGAUUACUAGUGAUGUUUGCCAGAAUGUUGUUUUUUGCCGUUAAGGACCAGCAUUUAAUACUAUUUAAAUACGUCUAGAAUUUUGUAGCAUAUGAUGUUAAAUUCUAAUAUUUCUCAACAUUUUGAGUAUGCUUUUUAUUUGUAAAAUAGUUUUUUAUGAAGUUUUUGAAAAUAAAUACUUUUGAAAUCUA